AUGAAGCGAAUAUUUAGGAGUUCGGUUAGAGUCGGCGCCGCUUUGCCGCUAGGAGCUGUCGUCCCGGCCAUCUUUUACUGCAAUGGCAUAAGAAUUAUGGGACGUCAAUACACACAUGACACUUAUCGACCUUUCGGUGACGGCUACAAGGAGGUGCGCGGAACUGCCCCUACCGAUGAGUGUAACCUUUUGUUUGCGUCACUCAAUGAUGAAAGCCUUCCCUUGUGUGAAGAUAGUGGUAACGUAGUUAAUGGGCAACUCGUUAGGGCCUCUGCUCUAGUCGACAGCGAUGCACUAGCGGAUUCACAGGAGCUGGUGGAUGUUGUGAUUGAAGAGGACCGCAGGGAGGAGGAGGACAACUCUGUACUGCUCGUUCCUUAUCACGAAGAGCAGAACAGCGUGACGAAGAAACGGAACGAGGGUGAAGAUGUCACUACGAGGUGUGAUCAUCUGUUUUCAGUGGUGGGUUGUCCCACUACAGUAUCGACGGCAACAUCUGGGAUCCCAAACACCCCAAGCAGGAAUUAUCUUAGUGAACAAGAUGCCUUAUAUUUAUCGCCAACAACGCCAGAGGAGGCUCGCGUUCCCUCGGCUUUGUCCCCUCAAUUAUCAGCAUGUGUGAUGGUUGUCUUCGCCGCCAAUGACAUGCGAGUGCAUGACAAUUACGCGUUGGCGCUGGCCGCUACACGGGCGGAGGCGGCAGGUGGUUUGCCAGUUAUUGCAGUGACGGUUGUAGAUUAUCGUAUGUUUGCACAACCUAGCGCCGUCGGGGGGUUCUUCCGGCAAAGUCCAAUGCGAGCGCGCUUUUUUCUCGAAACACUCGCAGCGCUGCGGUACAAGUUGGAACGUGAGCUGCGAAUACCCCUACUCGUUCGCUGCGGUAGGCCGGAGGACCACAUUCCACGUCUGGUGGUCGAGUGUGGCGCAAUCGAUGUGUUUCUAACAACGCAGUACACCCCACACGAAAAAGAGGUACAUAACGAUAUUGUGGAAGCCAUCACCCAGCGUAGGUGGGUGAGCCGGGACCCCACAGCAGGGUACAAGGCAACUGAACAUGACGCCACGGUGGUGCACCCAUUCGGAGUAACGUCCGCCUCUACCAAAGUUGGGGUUAAGGAGUCAAGAUUAACAGCAGCACCCGUCGCGCAUAGCGUGUGGCAGACGACCCUUGUGCAUAUCGAUGACCUCCCUGUACCCGUUGCGUCAAUGGUUGAAGGUGAGCGAUGGUACCACGAUGACGUAACGACGGCUAACAUACGACCAACGGCGGCAUUUGAUCGUUGCAUCAAUCGUUUGUCCGAUCUGCCAGCACGAGGUGACUUGCUUCCGACAACUGGUGAACUGAGCGGCUUGGAGCCCCCGCCCCUUUACCGUGGCCGGGCCCCCACACUUGUUGAGCUUGGCUAUGGGAGCCCCGAGGCUUUUAUCGAGGAGGAAGUUAUUGCUACUCAGUCUUCUCAUCCACCAGGCGAAGAUGCUGCUAUCGAGCGUGUGCUCGAUUGGUUGAUGGAUGGAGGUAUGACAUCGAUGCUUCGGUACGGUAGGGAUCGACGCACGAACACGAAAAUGUAUUCGCAGCGCCUGUCUCGUCUCUCGCCGUACCUGUCGUGUGGAGCAUUGUCACCACGUCGUUUUUACGAGGAAUUGCGACGGUUCACAAGUGAGCACCUACGCGACAAUUUUGUGCAGCAGCAAUAUAGGGAGGCGCUGCUAAGGCUCAGUCGACGGGACUACUGGCACUGGAUGGGUUUGCGCUAUGGGCCCCUUCUGUUUUAUGAGUACGGGCCGCGACCGGAGCAUACAGAUGACAUAGCAGACUGGCGCCACGAUCCGAAAAUCGUGCAAAAGUGGUGUGCAGGGCUCACGGGCAUUCCCUUUGCCGAUGCGGCAAUGCGAGAGUUGACUCUUACCGGAUUCGUAGCAGACGAGGGAAGACAGGGACUGAUAUGGCUCCUAUCGCGUGGCUAUGGCCAGGAUUGGCGCCUUGGAGCAGAGUGGUUGGAGCGCUGCUCGAUCGACUACGAUCCCUUCGUGUGCUAUGGAAAUUGUGCCUACUAUAGUGAGCUUGUCCGCGAUGAUUUUGGUGAAACGGUGCGUAAUAUUCAUUGGCUUGCCCACCAUCACGACCAAACGGGCAUAUAUGUGAAAAAGUGGUUGCCACAGCUGAGUAAAAUCCCUCCUGUUUACAUACAUAGACCACACGUGCUUACGGAGAGGAUGCAGGCAAUGCACGGGGUUCAAUUAGGCAAAAAUUACCCGUAUCCUCUUAAGCUAUGGGAUGGUGCGCAGUACACUUUGAGUAGUGAACACCUCACAACGUAUUUCAGUGAAGGAAGUCAAUGGCACCGGAAGGCGAAGAACGGUGCCGGUGGCUCGGGCUACGCGGAGGCGCUUCGCCACGGGACCGUCAUACUGGAGCCCCAUCAACUUCAGUCGUCGGCGUUUGGUGAAUUGGAGCACGGCGUGAUGCACACCGUGCCCGUGGUAAAGGAUGAUACCGCUGGCCGCGGCCAACACAACAGGUCGCUAAGUGCCUCCGACGAGUAG